UCAUCUCGUUCCGUCUCUCACUUCUCUGAUCACUUUCUCGUUCUCAAAAGAAAAGAGAAAUCUAAGCCCGGCGGAGCUAGGAGACAGAGAAAGGAGGGAGAGCAGAAGAGGGCAUCGCCAUGACCCCAAGUUAGGUUGGGACCCACGAGCGCCGCCCCCCUGCUUAUCUUGUCCCCCCCCCCCACCCCCGCCGCCCGCCAGCCGUCCGAUUGAUGACUAGGGAGCUGAGGAGGAGGACGGGAAGAACGAGGCGCAGAGGAAGAGAGGGGGAUGUCUCUGGUGUUCACCGGCGUCGAGUUGGCCGGGGGGCCCACGGUGGGGCUGAAGGACCACGUUAGCAUCCCGGUGUACCUGCAGCAGCACGGAGAUAACAACCACCACGACGACCGCAAAGGGGAGGAGGAGAAGGGGAAGAGGAAGGAGAGGAACGGGUUCUUUAUAGAGGAGAAGGUGGCGGAGGAGGAGUCUUCGGAGACCUCUUCCAUCGGAGUCCAGUCGUCGGAUUCGUCGUCGGAGAAGGACGACGAGGAGAACGAGGAGGUCCAGAGCAAGGCAAAGGAGGGGGCUUUCGGGUCCUUGGAUUCCUUGGAGGAAUCGCUUCCUAUCAAGAGAGGGCUGUCGAACUUUUUUUCCGGGAAGUCGAAAUCAUUUGCGAGCCUGGCAGAUGUGGCCGCUGCGACCUCGAGAGAUCUCGUGAAGCCAGAAAACCCCUUCAACAAAAGGAGGAGACUGCUGAUGGCAUCCAGAACAAGGAGAGCUUCUUCCUACGCUUCGUUUGCGACAUGCUUGCCGCCUCUUCUCUCCUCCUCCGACCACAUCGCAGAGGAGAAAGAGAGGGAGGAGGAUGAGGAGGAAGAAGAUGAGCAGAAUAGCGGAGACUCAUCCACAUUGGCUCCCCUUCCACCCCACGUCAGCAAAGAAAGGAAGAUAAAGAAGGCUUUUAGAUCCCCUAGGUCCUUCUCCCUUUCUGAUCUCCAAAAUGUUUAGUUGUUCUCGUAUUAGCAUGAUGAUAAAGUGUUAUUAUAAAAAUCUUAGCAUAAUAUAGUAGAAAAAUGAAGUCUCUUACGUUUCCUGAUUAUUUUUUUUGGUGCUUUUGUGUAUAAAAAAAAAAUAUAAUAACAUACAAUGAGUUCUUAGGGAAA